UGCGCGUUUGGGCAGCCAUUUUUCCUCCCGUUGCUGCGUGCUCCAUCGGCGGGGAAACAUGCCCAAGGCGAAGCGGUCGAGAGGCUCCUCCGGUGGGGCGACGGCGACGAGCGUCCCCUUGGCCGAGCAGAUUGCUCAGAGCGAUUCCGUGAAACCCAUCACGAGGGUCAAGCGUCGGGACCAGGCAGGGAAGCAUGGUGGGGGAGAAGAGGACGACGAGUAUGGUGGCCGAGAAGCUUUCCCGGCGGAUCUUGCGGCAGGCCCGCAUCCAGCAAGACGAGCUGGAGGCGAGCAUGGCGUCGGCAGUGGCCACGAGCCAGGAAGAAGACAACAGUCCUGGGACCUACUUCAAAGGAUGGAGACUCCGAUGCAGAGGAUGAAUGGCCAGAGCUGGGGGCAGCUGGAGCCCAUGGAGAAGGAAGAGUAUUGUGAAGAGAUGACUGUAAAUCCAGAUGAUGAAAAAGCCAUUGACAUGUUCAUGAGCAAGAACCCACCAGUGAGGCGCACCUUAGCAGACAUUAUCAUGGAGAAGCUAACAGAAAAACAGACGGAGGUAGAGACGGUGAUGUCAGAAAUAUCUGGCCGACCCAUGCCACAGCUCAACCCUCGUGUCCUGGAAGUCUACAAAGGUGUCAAAGAAGUGUUAUCAAAAUACAGAAGUGGAAAGUUGCCCAAAGCCUUCAAGAUUGUCCAGCAUUAUCGAAUUGGGAGCAGAUGCUUUAUAUCACAGAGCCAGAAACAUGGACGGCAGCUGCCAUGUACCAGGCCCACAAGAAUUUUUUCUUCUAAUCUUAAAGAGAGGAUGGCCCAGAGAUUCUACAAUCUCGUGCUUCUCCCACGAAUCAGAGAUGAUAUUGCUGAAUACAAACGCCUCAAUUUCCAUCUUUAUAUGGCACUGAAGAAGGCCUUGUUCAAACCCGGAGCCUGGUUCAAAGGAAUUCUCAUCCCUCUGUGUGAGUCUGGAACAUGCACAUUGCGAGAAGCAAUCAUUGUGGGCAGCAUCCUCACCAAGUGCUCUAUUCCAGUCCUUCAUUCAGGAGCUGCUAUGCUAAAGAUUGCUGAGAUGGAAUACAGUGGCGCCAACAGCAUUUUUCUCCGUCUGCUGAUUGACAAGAAAUAUGCCUUGCCUUUCCGUGUUGUAGAUGCUCUAGUUUUUCACUUUCUAGCUUUUCGGAAAGAUCAGCGAACCUUACCUGUCCUCUGGCACCAGUGCCUCUUGACAUUCGCCCAGCGCUACAAAGAAGACCUGUCCUCUGAGCAGAAAGAAGCUCUCUUGGAGUUGCUGAAGUUUCACAACCAUUCCCAGAUUUCUCCAGAAAUCCGCAGGGAGCUGGUGAACUCCAAAUGUCGGGACAUUGAGGGGAUUCCAGUUGUAAUGGAGUAAACAAAGUAAAGGAUGAAGGACUCUCUCUAUGGCUCACUUCAAUGGUUGUGAUUUGUUUAUGAUGGGACUAAAAGAAUAAAAUGUUCCUACAAUGUUGAAACUUAGCAAGCUUUUUUGCAGGAAUUAAGGCUUUUAUAGAGUUGUUUUUAAAAAUCAACACUAUGCUUGGGACAAAAUAAGAUUAUUCUUGCAGAUGAGAACCCUCUAUUAAAUAAUGUUAAUAGAAUUAUAAGUUUCUUGGAAAACCCCUCUCUCAGAAAGGACUCUGAUAACGACAUGACCUUUGGAGGCAUUGAUAGAGGAAUAUUGAUAAAGAGCAGUAAGCUGAAGAGUUGCAAUGCUGAUUAAUGGGCAGAUAAAAAGAGUGCCAAUUCUGAGAGGCAAACUAGACAUCUGAAGAGAGACAUUGUUGCUUUGUAGAAUAGGGCCCCUUAUAAGUGUGGAUAAUCAAGGUCUUGUUCCUUUAAAAUAGGAAUGAUCACAUAGUGACCUAUGACCCCAAGCACCUUACCCAAUCCCUAUGGAUUCAGAAAUGGUGUGUGUAUGUUGCUGAUUUGGGUUACCCCUUUCAAGUGCUGAAUAAAAAGACCAGACGGAUGUGCAAGUUGAGCAUGCAAGAUAGAACUUGAGCUGCUUUGCUUUCUGAGAGGGAUGUCCGAGUGUUGCAUAGGGUGCACCACUUUUUAAUAAGUCCAUGACCAUUUCUAUUCUCAAUUUUGGUCACUUAGAAAGCCAGUGUUUUGAAUCCUGAUAGUUUUGUAUGAUUAUGAAAUGAUUCUCUGCCUCAAACACACAUGCACAUAUAUGAACAGCAGACUUUGAUCCACUAGUUGUCAACCCUGAAGCUGACCUGACUGAGGCCAAUUUGAGGCACUAGUUGAUAUCUACAGCAUGUUUCAGUUGUAUUGUCCAAGGACAAGUGGCAUUUAAACACCUCCUGAUGGGGACAGUAAUAAGCAAUCUUGUUGCAGCUGCUCUUCCUGGUUUAACAGAUACAUCCAGAAAGGUCAUCUUUACUACACAGUCAUAUUAUUUUCAAAAGUCAAGAGAAGCAGCCUUCUGCUAUCUUGCUUCUCUGGCUGAUAUUACAAUUAAUCUCAGAUCAAUUCAUCUCAACUAGAAGUUGAGAAAUGAUGUUAUUGUUGAGUCCUUAGAAAAUGGCUUAUUUCAUAAACUGCUUCUAAACUAGAUUAUCUUAAUAUUGUCAUAGAGAAAUGCCCUUAAGGUAUCUAGGACAAUAUAAAGUUUGCUGGGGUCUGGGCAGAUGCUAUACAUCUUUCAAGCAACUUAAUUGAGGAGGAUUUGGAUCUUUGGGACAUAAGAGGAAAUUUUCCUGCUUUGAAUACAUAGACACCUGUUGCUAUAUUCUUAAUAAGCAUGAUGUGAUCCUUAUGGCACUUUUUCUUUUUGGCAAAGUAAUAUUCAGAGGAUCAGCAGAUGACCACAAAUACUAAACUUGUCAGUAUUAGACCUUACUGAAGUGGAAUUGGUAUUCUAUAUUCAUGUGUCCUGAAUUCUCUCUGAUUUGUUCAGAAUGCUUUUCUAAUGUUGUAUGCCUAACAACAUCCAACUGUUUUGUUUUGUUUUAUGCUCCCUCUUGCCAAAAUGGAAUAUAUUUGAGCUAUCAUUCAAGCCACAGGAAUGUUGGAUGGGCACAAUUGUAGAAUGUAAGAUUUUAACUAUGAGAAACGGCUGGCUUCAGAUGCCAUCUGUGAUGGUUCUGAUGUAGCUGUUGUCAUCAUUAUUCUUUCCAUACUACAUUUCCUUCCCAUUACAUGCUGGGGUCUGCCGUAGUUAUAUUCUAACACUGAUUAUUAGCACAGAUGUGAGGAUACCAGAGGUCAGUGCCUACUUACUGGCAGGGAGUCAGCAAGACACUUUCUCCCGUGCUUUUCAAACUGAUGCAGCUCCAGGCUGCAUUAGGAUUUUUAUGCUUUGGGGCACUAAGAACUCAUUAUUUUUUUUGAACUGUGAAUAAGCUUAUUGGCUAUUCCUGCAGCAGCUGGGAAUGGAAGAGUAAUUGGUUUGAAUAGGUUUCAGCUUGAGGGGAGAUUUGGUUGAGUGCCUGCUCUGAGCAGCAGGCUUUUCGUGUUACCAUACGUCCCCUAGGACAAGACACUUGUUAGAGCACUGAUUACUGAACAAUUUGCAUGUCACCCAUCCAUCGAUUUGGCAGUGUAAGUGGUCAUAGGCUGAAGCGGUUAAUGUUACAUAGAGCUGGUAAAUUAACGUCUGAUGCAGCCUAAACCAUUUCCGUGGAUGGAGUUCUAUGCUAUUGACUAAGAACAGGUUGCUAGCAUGACUCUUGAAGGGUGAAAGCAGUAAAGCCAAGCCAAAGGAAGGCAAUGUCUGGAAUGUGUUCCUAGGCAGAG